AUGUCAUGGGUGUUAUCACUGCUUUUUGCUAUCAAUCCGACGCUCGUUUCGGCCGCUACUGCUGCGGACUACUAUGUUCACUCGUUACCAGGGGCUCCCGAAGGGCCUUUGCUGAAAAUGCACGCUGGACAUAUCGAAGUCGAUGAGAAGAGCAACGCGAAUCUUUUCUUUUGGCAUUUUCAUAACCGUCACAUUGCCAAUCGUCAGCGAACUGUUAUCUGGCUGAACGGAGGCCCCGGAUGUAGCUCAAUGGAUGGCGCAUUGAUGGAAAUUGGUCCCUACCGAUUAAAGGACAAGAAUACGCUGGAAUACAAUGACGGCUCCUGGGAUGAAUUCGCAAAUCUCCUUUUCGUUGAUCAGCCUGCCGGAACGGGCUUCAGCUAUGUCAACACCGAUAGCUAUCUCCAUGAGAUGGAUGAGAUGGCUGCGCAGUUCGUUACAUUUCUAGAACAGUGGUUCGAGCUGUUUCCAGACUAUGCGCCAGAUGAUAUUUAUAUCGCAGGCGAGUCUUAUGCCGGUCAACAUAUCCCUUACAUUGCCAAGGCCAUUCAAGAGCGGAAUGAGAGAGUUCGCGCUGGCAAUAAGGCUCCCUGGAAACUUCGGGGACUCCUGAUCGGUAAUGGGUGGAUCUCUCCCGUAGACCAGUAUCUAUCAUACUUGAAAUUUGCAUACAAGGAAGGCCUUAUCGAAGAAAAGUCCCGGAUCGCCAACGAACUGCAAGUGUUAGAGUCGGUCUGCGAAUCAAAGUUGCAGGGUGGGAAUACUAAAAUCAGCCUGAGCGAUUGCGAAGAUGUGCUGGUGAAGCUCCUGGAAAAAACGAUUGACUCUAAGAAAACCUGCUUCAAUAUGUACGAUGUUCGCCUCCGUGACGAAGCUCCGCAAUGCGGCAUGAACUGGCCGCCAGAUCUAGAGCAUAUGAAGCCAUAUUUGCGGCGGGACGAUGUUGUGAAAGCCUUAAACAUAAACCCGGAGAAGAAAACGGGAUGGGAAGAGUGUUCGAAUGCUGUUUCUAGCACAUUCUACCCAAAGAACUCCAAGCCCUCCGUCGAGCUGCUCCCCGGACUCAUUGAAAGUGGAGUUGAAGUCCUUCUAUUCAGCGGUGACAAAGACCUCAUAUGCAACCAUAUUGGAACCGAACAGUUAAUCAACAACAUGAAAUGGAAUGGCGCCACUGGCUUUGAGACGUCCCCGGGAGUCUGGGCUCCUCGACACGACUGGACCUUUGAAAGUGAGCCAGCCGGAAUCUAUCAGUACGCUCGAAACCUGACGUACGUUCUCUUCUAUAAUGCCAGCCACAUGGUUCCUUUCGAUCUGCCUCGCCAGAGUCGAGACAUGCUGGAUCGAUUUAUGAAGGUUGAUAUUACGAGCAUUGGUGGAAGCCCGACAGACUCGCGCAUCGAUGGCGAGAAACUGCCCCAGACGUCCGUGGGGGGACAUCCGAACAGCACCGCGGCCGAAGAGCAGGAAAAGGUGAAGAUGAAGGAGGCGGAGUGGAAGGCCUACGCGAAGUCCGGAGAGGCCGUUCUCGUGGUCGUGAUCGUGGGCGUGUGCAUCUGGGGUUUCUUCAUCUGGCGCAGCCGACGACGUCGGUAUGGAUACCAAGGCGUCUUCCACAAGGAAAUGAGCGGGAGUUCUAUUUUGGAACGGUUUCAGAAUAAACGGACGGGGAGUGACGUGGAAGCGGGGGAUUUUGAUGAGUCUGAGCUGGACAAUCUCCAUUCGCCGGGAAUGGACCGGGAGCACUAUGCCGUGGGAGAAGACAGUGAUGAGGAUGACAUUGCCAACCGGCAUUCUCGACAAUCUUCGUCGCGGGUUGGAGGAGACCGUUCGUGA